AUGGAAUUACACAAAAAAGGACGCUGCCCAGAUCGCGACCGCGAAGCUCUCGAUCAUCACCUCAACGACAGCUGCGACGACGACGACCAUGGACGUCACGGAACCAAUGGAAACAGGUAUGAGCUGUCGGCCGGCCAGCCGCUUCCGUUGGUCAUGUUACAUGGGUGUGUUGUGACCGUUCAUCAUCCUUCGGUGAAUAGCCCGGUAUCGGCAGACAACAACGCCGGAGUAAUGAGGACCCAUGAGAUGGCUGAAGAUGAAGACGACGAUUACAAGGCAGAAGCGACCUUCCAGUUCGAAGUCACCAACGUCAGCAAGAUGAAAACUCAGCAACUCAGUCCACCGGUGUAUGUUCGCGGUCUGCCGUGGAAAAUCAUGGCGAUGCCUCGCGACAACGGUCGCAAUACAAAGCACCUGGGCUUUUUUUUACAAUGCAACGGUGAAUCCGAGUCCGCGUAA